ACUUGUCUUUUGUUAAUCCUAAUUAUCUCUGCAAACACGCAGUAAUUUCCUAUGCAAGCGCGCAAUGUAAGCGUCUGGUCACUUUGUCUUCGUCACUGCAUCUGUAAGCCGCCUCUCCUCUAUGCGCACAAUACCUCAACAAGAAGCCUUUCUUCAUUAGUCUAUCUUUCUUUCCUUCUUUUUGAUCAAUUCAGUCCAAUUGAAAUGGCAUCCACUUCUAAUACUAGCAGUCACUCACAGUUUGAAGAAUUUGCACCAUCUACAUCUGCUUCUGGUAGAUCUUAUGAUGUAUUUAUUAAUCAUCGCGGAUCUGAUGUCAAAAAAACAUUAGCCACUACUCUUUAUAAAAUGCUUACUAAUGGCAUGGGACUCAGUGCUUUUCUGGAUUCAGAAGAGCUUCAAUUGGGGGAUUCUUUGCCGACAGAACUGAAAGAAGCAAUGAAGAGUGCUUCGCUUCAUAUUGCUAUUUUUUCAAAGAAAUAUGCAGAGUCUCGUUGGUGUUUGGAUGAACUGUCAUUUAUGUUCAGAACAGGCACUAGAAUUGUUCCCAUCUUCUACUAUAUUGACAUUGGAGAUGUCCGAUAUGCAAAAGGUGUCUAUGCUGAAGCAUUUGACUCGCACCAAAUAAAAGGUAGAUAUAGCUCCGAAAAGGUUAAGGAGUGGAAGGAUGCGCUCUUCAAUGUUUCACAUAACAUUGGUUACAGCGUUAAUAGCAAGGAAGAUGAGGACAUGCUGCCGAAGAGUAUUACUUAUUGUGUUGUGAAAGAAAUAAAAAAAGUGUCAUUCGUGGUCGCAGAACAUCCUGUAGGUUUAGAUGAAAUUGUAAGAGAUUUUGAAUCGACUACACUUCAAUUUGACAGAAGUCAUCAGAAUGUGCAGAUUGUUGGAAUUUGGGGCAUGGGUGGUUCCGGCAAGACCACUCUUGCCAAAAAGUUAUAUAAUAAUAUAUAUCCAUCUAUGGAGAAGGCUAGUCUUAUAUUAGAUGUCAGAGAUGCUGCUAACAGAAACUUGUUGUGCGACAAGCAGAAAAAACUUUUGGAGGAUCUUGGUUUCAAAAGUUUAUCAGUUGACAAUGUAGAAGAGGGGAAAGCAAUUCUUGCAAACCAGUUAAGAUCCAUUCGAGCAUUAAUUGUUUUAGAUGAUGUCGAUCAUAUCGAUCAACUAAAUGCUUUAUUGCCCAGCCAAAGGUCCAAAAGUUUGAUUGGAUCAGGUACUUUGAUUAUUGUCACUACAAGGGAAUUAGAAGUCCUUAAACGUUGGAACAUCUCCUCCCACUAUAAAAUGAAACCAAUGAGUGAAGUUCAUGCCAAGCAACACUUUUGUUCGCAUGCUUUCUUACAACCAUCACCACUAAAUGAGUUUGAGGAGAUUGUUGAAAAGGUCUUAAAAACCUGUAGUGGGUUGCCGUUGUCUCUUAAAGUCUUAGGUGGCCAGCUUUAUGGAAACUUAAGCAAAGAUUUAUGGGAGAUUCAACUACAGAAGUUUUCUAGGAUAGUACCUGAAGAUAUCAAGAGCAGGCUUAAAAUAAGUUAUGAUGUCUUAGAUGAUGAAGAGCAACAGAUGUUUUUGGAUAUUGCAUGUUUUUUCAUUGAAGAAAAAAAUGAUUUGGUAAUUGAAGUAUGGAAUGGAUCAGGGUGGAAUGGUUCGAAUAGCUUGGAGAAGCUGAGAAAUAAGUGCCUUGUUGAAAUAGAUGAAAGAAAUUAUAUCAGAAUGCAUGACCAUUUAAGAGAUUUGGGAAGGGAAAUUGCCAAUAGCCAAUCACCCUACCGUCUUUGGUCUCCCCAGCAAAAUAUUAAAGUUCAGAAUGGACUAGGCAUAGGAGGAAUGAUGGCCUGCUUAGUUCGAGUAUUGAAUAACUGUCUCUGGUUUAAAGUUUAUAAUGAAGAACAGAAUGGAAUAGGCAUUCGAGGAAUAAAGGCUACCUCUUCUGUGGAUUUUGGCGAUUGCUUGUCGCAUGGGGAAUUCAUGGUUAACACAAACAGAGGAAUUUGGGCCCUGGCGCCUUCUAGACUUGGACUAAAAAUUAUUGUGGCUCGAGGUUGUAAUUUAAAUCAUGUAAUUAGUGAAGCAUCAAGAGAUUUAGUCUGGCUUCGCUGGUUUGAUAUGGGGCAGAGAGAUCUUCAGUCGGUAAUUCCAUUCAAAAAAUUGAGAGCUUUAGAACUCUAUGAAAAUUGGAGCCUGGAAAAUCAUCAACUACAAGAGCUCUGGGUGGCUGAGUGCGAUGCUCCUUUACAGUUAAGAGAGUUGAUUAUUUCAUAUUGCCAAGAAUUCCGGGGGUUCCCAAAGUCAAUAGGACGCCUCAAGCAAUUGAAGAAAAUAGUCCUGGAUUCGACAGACCGUUUGGAAAGUCUUCCAAAAGAAUUCUGCCUACUACACUCGCUGGAGCUCCUGGAACUCAACCUCUGUACUGGACUGUUAUCACUACCUGACAGUAUGGGCAAUUUGAGAAACCUGCGGCAUCUAAGUUUAGGUGGUUGCAGGAAAUUGGGGAGGCUGCCAGAUUCUUGUAAGGAAUUGAGGCUCUUACAGCAUCUGAACUUAUCCAAUUGUCCUAGUCUCACAUUUAGGGCGGACAUCAUGGAAAACAUGUCAAAGCUAGAGUAUUUGAGCUUCACAGGCUGCUAUCAAUUGGAAGAGUUGCCUCGUCACAUCACAAAUCAGGCAUCUUUGAGAGAGCUCUAUUUAGAACAUAUGUGGAACUUAAGGGAGGUACCAGUGAAGAUCGAUCAACUGAGCAAGUUACAAAAAUUGUGUGUCGGUGGUGAUUUAUUGACAACCUUGCCGGCCUCUCUCGGAGAUUUGUCUUCCUUGACUACACUGGAAAUUACUAAUAGCACCAGCAUGGAAUGUUUACCAGACUCUUUGGGGCGCCUGAGUCUCUUAGAGAGAUUAGAGAUAGACGAUUUGGGAGUGAAAUCUUUACCAGAAUCAAUUAGUCAGUUGACUAAUCUGGAAAGCCUGUGGAUAUGUCGCUGUCCACUCAGCGAAUUGGAUCUUAGAGUGGGGUCUUUUAGUUCUUCCUUGUGCAAGCUUAAGACGAUAGAACUAUCAGAUAAUGAUCCAUUGUCCAAGAUCUCUAUCUCAAAAGACUGUUGCGCUGGCCUUGAGACUCUCAGAGUUGAAAAGAAUAGAAAUCUAACGGAGAUAAAAGAGCUGCCAAGUUCGGUCAGAAAUCUAGUUAUAACUAGAUGCCCCAAGUUGUCUGCGCUUCCCAGUUUUUCAGAAUUAACUUCUCUCCGAGAAUUUGAAAUGAUAGGUUGCUACCAAGUUGAAAAAAUUGAAGGUUUAAAUCAUUGCAGAGAAUUGGAGGCGCUGAAAGCAUAUACAUGGUGGGAGAUGCCGAGUAUAGAAAGCCUGGAGUACAUGGAAAGAUUGAGGGUGCUGCAUCUCACGGGAAUGAGGAAAUCAGUUGUUGAAGGUUGCAUUCAGAGCAUGGAGAAAUGGCCUGGCGAAAUAAUAGUUUCUACCCGAGCAGUGCGUAAUGCAGCCUCACUUGUAAACUCCUUGGUCAUUCCCAUUCUCUGUGUCGUCGACUCCUGCUCUAACGUGCCAACUGAAAGAAAUCGAGGGCCUAAAUUGGUGUUUGAGCAACCCAGCAAUGACAACGCCAUUAUUGUUUGUUUUGUUGUAAGGACUCCAGGUGGGGCACAGAUGAUUGGAGUUAGCGGAGAUUCAUUCAGUACAUUAUCAUCUUUUGCGAAGGUGGAGGAAGGGACAUGGGUAUGGAUAGGUCUGUUCACACAACGUUCUAAAUGGUACACAGCAAACGCCUACGAGGCACGUUUUUCAGGUGUAGAUGGCAUUGUAGAGAAAGGAUUGGUUGCCAUGGGACAAGAGGAUAGAGUUCGGCAGAUUUUGCGCGCCUUAUUGGGGGUGAUGGAAAUAUGAUUUUGAUACAUUGAAGUGGAUUCAUUUAAAUAAUCCUUCAUUUUAGGUAGAUUGGAGAUGAAUGAUACUAUCAACAAGUUACUUUUUAUAGGAAUUGAUUUUUCUUCA